UCUUCGGACGGACAUGGCGCCGGCGCACGUCCUCGUGUUCCCGUGGCCGAUGCAGGGCCACAUCAACUGCAUGCUCCACUUCGCCACGGGCCUCGCCGGCGCCGGCCUCCACGUCUCUUUCCUCCACACCGAACACAACCUCCGCCUGCUCGGCCUGGCCUCCGCGGCCGCCGCGCCGCGCCUCCGCUUCCUGUCCGUCCCAGAUGGCCUCCCGGACGACCACCCACGCUCAGUCGGUGACCUUAUCGAGCUCGCCAGGUCCCUGAAGACGGAGGGCUCCGUCGCAUACCGUGCUCUGCUUACCACGUUGCUGCCAGUGCCACCGGCGGAGAGCCCGGGCGGCCCUUCCUCCGACGCCGGCGUCGAUCCCGGCUUCCCGCCGGUGACAUGCGUCGUCGCCGACGGGCUGCUGCCUUGGGCCAUCGACACCGCCGAGGAGCUCGGUGUGCCGGCGCUCGCCUUCCGCACGGCCAGCGCCUGCAGCUUCUUGGCCUACCUGUCCGUGCCCAAGCUCUUCGACCUUGGCGAGGUCCCCUUCCCUGCCGGCGGCAGCCUUGACGAGCCGGUGCGCGGCGUCCCGAGGAUGGAGAGCUACCUACGCCGGCGUGAUCUCCCACGCCAGUGCCGCCGCCUGAGCGAGACCGUCGACGUCGAUCCCAUGCUGCACUUGCUCGCCACAGGCACCGCGCACAACGUCAACGCACGGGCACUGAUACUGAACACAGCCGCCUCCCUGGAAGGCUCGGCCGUCACGAACAUCGCACGGCGCACGCGGGACGUAUUCGCCAUCGGGCCUUUACACGCGGCGUCGCCGGCGGCGCCGGCGGUGGCCUCCAGCCUGUGGCGCGAGGACGACGGGUGCACGGCGUGGCUCGACGGCCACGCCGACAGGUCCGUCGUGUUCGUGAGCUUGGGGAGCCUCGCGGUGAUCUCGCACGAGCAGUUCACGGAGUUCCUGUGUGGUCUCGUCGCCGCGGGGUACCCUUUCCUCUGGGUGCUCCGGCCGGACAUGGUCGACGCAGGAGGACAGGACGCCGCGCUCCUCCGAGAAGCCAUCCGCGCCGUCGGAGGCAAGAGCGCCGCGCGCGUCGUGCCGUGGGCGCCGCAGCGAGACGUGCUUCGGCACCGCGCCGUGGGGUGCUUCCUGACGCACGCCGGGUGGAACUCGACGCUGGAGGGCAUCGUGGAGGGCGUGCCCAUGGUGUGCUGGCCAUUCUUCGCCGACCAGCAGACCAACAGCCGCUUCGUGGGCGCCGUGUGGGGGAACGGGCUGGACAUGAAGGACGUGUGCGACAGGGCCGUCGUGCAGAGGACGCUGAAGGAGGCGAUGGAGUCCGAUGUGAUCAAGGGCGCGGCGCAAGCGUUGGCGCAGCAGGUGAGGCGGGAUGUCGACGGUGGGGGCUCGUCGGCGGUGGAACUUCAGCGGCUCGUCGCAUUCAUAGAGGAGCUCUCAGCACAGCCGAGCCAUUACCGAUGAGUAGGAUGAAUGGAGCGUAGCAUAACAUGUGCAUGGCGAAUCCAUUCAGAAUUGGUUGUUGGUUAACUUUUGAUUCUAUUUAU